GGGACCGCAGGCCGCGGCAUCGGCCGCAGAUGAAGUCGAAGGCGGCGGGGAAGAAGAAGGCGGCGCAGGCGGCGCACAACAAGAAGCCCAAGUCGGGCGGCUUCGAGUCGCUGGGGCUCUGCGAGGACGUCUACCGCGGGGUGCGCCACAAGGGCUACCGCGUGCCCACGCCCAUCCAGCGCAAGGCCAUGCCGCUCAUCAUCGCCGGCCUCGACGUCGCCGCCAUGGCCCGCACCGGCUCCGGGAAGACCGCCGCCUUCCUCGUGCCCAUGCUCCAGCGCCUACGCCGCCGCGACCCCGGCGCCGGCAUCCGCGCCCUCGUCCUCUCGCCCACCCGCGACCUCGCCACGCAGACGCUCAAGUUCACCCACCAGCUCGGAAAAUUCACAGAUCUAAAAACUGGCCUGAUUGUUGGUGGAGGUAGUAUGGACAGUCAGUUCGAGGUAUUGGCUGACAAUCCCGAUAUCAUAAUUGCGACACCCGGUAGGUUUGUGCACAUUCUGGAUAUGGUUGAUGACUUGUCGCUGCGAUCAGUAGAAUAUGUGGUCUUUGAUGAAGCGGAUUCCCUCUUCAGCUUGGGGUUCGCUGAGCAACUGCACAAAAUUCUACACAAGCUCAGCGAUACACGGCAAACAUUGCUCUUCAGUGCUACUAUGCCGCAAGCCCUAGCAGAAUUCGCAAAAGCUGGCCUACGUGAUCCUCAAGUUAUCAGGCUUGAUUUGGACAAAAAGAUAAGCCCUGAUCUGAAGCUCGUGUUUUUCACGCUGCGCCAGGAAGAGAAGCUAGCUGCUUUACUGUAUUUGGUCAGGGAGCGGAUCAGCUCCCAGGAACAGACAAUGAUAUUUGUUUCAACGAAGUACCACGUGGAAUUCCUGAGUAUUCUUUUCCGAGAGGAGGGCCUAGCAACUUCCCUUUCCUAUGGUGCUAUGGAUCAAGAAGCCCGCACUGAGCAUAUUGCAAAAUUCAGGGCAAGGAAGACCAUGGUACUCAUUGUGACAGAUGUUGCUGCAAGGGGUCUGGAUAUUCCGUUGCUUGACAAUGUAGUGAACUGGGACUUCCCUGCAAAACCCAAGUUAUUUGUUCAUAGAGUUGGCCGUGUAGCUCGGCAAGGUAGAACUGGUACAGCAUAUACAUUUGUCACCUCAGAGGACAUGCCCUUUAUGUUGGACCUACAUCUCUUUCUUUCAAAGCCUCUUAGACCUGCUCCAACAGAAGAGGAACUGCUGAAAGACAUGGAUGGAAUCAAUUUGAAAAUCGACCAGUCUCUUGCUAAUGGGGAAACAGUUUAUGGCCGUUUUCCUCAGACAAUCAUUGAUCUUUGCUCUGAUGGAGUAAAAGAAGUCAUGAAUAGCUGCACGGAAUUGAUUGCAUUGGAAAAGCCGUGUGCCAAUGCUUUCCGUUUGUAUCUGAAGACUCGUGCCAUGCCUUCAAAGGAAUCUAUCAGAAGGGCGAAAGAUUUUCCCCGUGAAGGUCUUCAUCCAAUUUUCAGAGAUGUUCUUAGAUCAGAUGAAAUUCUAGCUCUUGCGUUCUCAGAGCGACUCAAAUCAUUUAGGCCAAAGCAAACUAUUCUAGAGGCUGAAGGUGAAGGUGCUAAAUCAAGAAGUUUUAAAGCUAAUCAGUGGCUAGAUGUGAUGAAAAAGAAAAGAGAAGUCCAUGAGGGGAUCAUAAAUUUGGUGCAUGAACAGAAAUCUGGUAAUCUGGCGACAAAGGAAGAAGAGGAGGAAAACAUUUCAAAUUGGGAGAGAAAAGAAGUUUCUGGUACGAAGCGGAAGUCGCAGAGCUUUAGAGAUGAGGAUCACUACAUAAGUUCAGUACCUCAAAACCAACAUUCGGAAGCUGGAUUAUCAGUGACUGGAAAUGAAGGAUUUGUUCAAGAUAGAUUGGAUGCUGCUGUCCUAGAUUUAGUUGAUGAUGAAACUUCUGGAAUGCAAGCCCAGAAAACUCGAUAUCACUGGAUGAAGAACAAAUUUGUCAAGCUGAAUAAUGGGGAUCGUGUCACUGCUUCAGGGAAGAUUAAAACGGAAACCAGUGCAAAGUUAAAGGCAAGCAAAGAUAUCUAUAAGAAAUGGCAGCAGAGGUCACAUAGAGCAAUCAGUUCUGGUGGAAAAGAUGGCAACUUUGAAGAAGGGGGCACAUCUACACCAGGUGGCCAUCAAAGAGGUGACAGAAGACACCCUGCAGCUGGCCGUGGGCGUUGGUCUAUACCAAAUGCUAAUGUGCCAUCUGAGAUAAGAAAUCCCCAGCAGAUGCAGAAGGGCAGGCAGCAAAAAGCAAUGCAAAACAUGCGCAUGAAGGAGAAAUCUGCAAAGGACGGUAAAUUUCCCAACAAGUUCCAGAAAAACAGAAGGCCUGGCGGGUCUGCAAGAGAUGGUAAAUUCGAAAACAGUAAAUUCCAGAAAAACCGAAGACCAGAGGGGAAAGGGAGUGGAAAAGGGAAUGGCAAAGGGUUUGGUAAAGCUAAAGGAAAAGGCAAACCCAAAGGGAAGGGUGCCAGGUGAUCAUCUGUCCAAGUAGAUUUGCUGCACCCAUCUCCAUGCUGUAGCAAAGGAACUAUUUGAGAACCAACAGGAAAGAAGUGCCCGGCCAAGAGCAUUAUCUUCUCAUAUGCCACCUGCCCUUUGUUUUUGUAGACCGGGUACUUAAUUUACUUCAGUUUUGUUUCUUAUAUUGUAAUUUUCUUGUGAUAGUAAGGGAGAAAGAACCAUGAUCUUACAAGAAAUGUAAUCACUGUUGUUACUCAUGCAACCCCUGGAGAGUUCUCGUGUCAUUUGGAACUACCCAAAAACUAUGGUUUAUUUGACAGACCUUUUAUACUUGGAA